AUGGUCCAGAGUCCAGGCCCCGCGGUGCGCUCCCUCUCGCGCCGUGGGCUGCAGCUCCCGUCAUUUCGGGUGAGACUGGCCCCGGCGCUCCAGGCCCUUGGCAGGCGGAAGGGAAGGUGGUACCUGAGCAGCCCCAGCCACUCAGAGCAGCCCGGGGCCGCCGCUCACCUGCGGGAGGAGGAGCUACGCCCCGCCCCGGAGGGAACGCGAGCCCCGCUGGCCAGCGCCACGGCGCGGGGCGCGCACCAGCCCGACAACACCGCGUUCACGCAGCAGCGCCUCCCCGCCUGGCAGCCGCUGCUGUCGGCCAGCAUCACGCUGCCGCUCUUCUUCUGCGCGGGGCUGGCCUUCAUCGGCCUGGGCCUGGGCCUCUACUACUCCUCCAACGGCAUCAAGGAGCUCGGGUACGACUACACGGGCAACCCGGGCUCCGGCAACUGCUCGCUGUGCGGCGUGGCCGACCAGGACCGCGCGCCGCCGCCCAGCUGCCCGUGCGCCUGGUACUUCUCGCUGUCCGAGCUCUUCCCGGGGCCCGUGUACCUCUACUACGAGCUCACCAACUUCUACCAGAACAACCGGCGCUACGGCGUGUCCCGCGACGACGCGCAGCUGAGCGGGCUGCCGAGCGCGCUGCGCCACCCGGCCAACGAGUGCGCCCCGUACCAGCGCAGCCCCGCCGGCCUGCCCAUCGCGCCCUGCGGCGCCAUCGCCAACAGCCUCUUCAACGACACCUUCUCGCUGUGGCACCAGCGCCUGCCCGGCGGGCCCUACGUCGAGGUGCCGCUCGACCGCACGGGCAUCGCCUGGUGGACCGACUACCACGUCAAGUUCCACAACCCACCGCUGGUGAACGGCAGCCUGGCGCUGGCCUUCCAGGGCACCGCGCGCCCGCCCAACUGGCCCCGGCCCGUCUACUUGCUCAGCCCCGACCCCAACAACACCGGCUUCGUCAACCAGGACUUCGUGGUGUGGAUGCGCACGGCCGCGCUGCCCUGGUUCCGCAAGCUGUACGCGCGCAUCCGCCAGGGCAACUACUCGGCGGGGCUGCCGCGCGGCGCCUACCGCCUCAACAUCACCUACAACUACCCCGUGCGCGCCUUCGGCGGCCACAAGCGCAUCAUCCUGAGCAGCAUCUCGUGGAUGGGAGGCAAGAACCCCUUCCUGGGCAUCGCCUACCUGGUCGUCGGGUCCCUCUGCAUCCUCACGGGCUUUGUCAUGCUGGUCGUCUACAUUCGCUACCAGGACCAGAGCGACGAGGCCGACGACCAGGAGUGACUCCUGCCUUCGAAGCCUCCGUCCUGCUGCUUGUCAAAACUCUCCUGCAAGCUCCUCCUGGCCUCCCCCCUUCGCCCCGCACCCAGUGCCAUCCUAGCCUCCCCUCUGGAUGAGGGGACCAGAGAAUAAUUAUGCCCCAGACUCUUGCUGGGAUGUUGGGGCUACCGAGGGUGACAGCCUUGAAAAAUCCCCCCCAUCUCCUUCACGACUGACCGGUUGGCUUCUUCAGGUUCCACAGCAUUUGAGAACAGAGGGACGGUGGAGACUCCUUUCCAUCCAUUUAAUGGAGAGACCUAGAGCUGUUAAACAACUCACUCAAGAUCAGGCAGCUACUCCUUGGCUCCCCACUCCGAUUCCGGAGCAUUUACCACUGCUACAGUGGUUUUCUUGUUUCUUUUAUUUUUUCUUUUGGCUGGCCUGGGGGGUGGGAUAGAGAGUGAAGCCCACAAAUAACUUGCUGAGGUAUGAGGGGGUGGGAGAGGCCAUGUUUGUUUAAAAUGUGGGUAGAUUAGGAGGCACCAUCCCCAGAGGUUCUGAUACAAUAAGGCUGGGGAGAGACCCUUGAAGCUGCAUUUUAACAAGCCUGUCUGGAAAUUCUUCCUGCAUCCCCUUAAACUGGGGAAUCACUGUCCUGAGCCAGGAAACAAGUAGAUUACUAAUUGUUUCCCAGUUUCCUCUUGAGUCUGAGGCUGGGCCUGAAGCAGUGACCCGAGUCUGGUUUUUCAGGUAGUCCUUUAUUCCCAGGGUCAGUCCCAAUCAGUGCUGCAGGUUUGGUCUAGCACUCCUCCUUGAACACAGAAGGGAAUGUUUUCAUCGUAGAAUUAGAUAGCUGGAAGGGAUCUUAGAGGGAAAGGGAUCUUCCUAAAUCUUAUCUGUGUCUCCUGAGUCCCAGCUCCGUCCUCUGUGUCAUCUGGAUUAUUUUUAUGCUUAAAGAGAAAGGGCUAAAAAACAAAACAAAAACUUUUAAAUCUGUGCUCUCAGAUGAAGUUUGUUGGUUCCUAAUAAUAUGUCUAAAUGAAUGCUAAGGAAUAUAGUCUUAUACAUAAAAUAGAAUCUUAAGAAUUAUUUGAACAUUUGAGAUAAUGUUAAACUCUAACUACUCUAAAAUUAUCCUAAUAUAUACAAAGUUAUUCUAAGAAGCAAUAGAAUUUUAAAAAAACAAAACAAAAAAAACACAAGUUUUAAAACUUUAAAACACCAAAUGGUAUCAUCUUAACCAGUUCAUUUGCUGAAAGCAAACAAGUUAUAUGGUCAUGUGGCCAACAGAUUUCUCCAGUGCCUGCUCUCUACACAGCUACUUUCCAGUUACUACUGUCUUUGCUCAGGCCCGUGAGGCAGUGCAAGACCUUGAAGUAUUUUCCUUUUAAGCAGUCAAAGAAAUUCUGAAUUGUAAUGAGUAUUUUACAUUAAUUUUCUUUUACUCUAGUUCUUUAAAAAUUAAUAAUUGGUGGACAGCAUGAAUGUUCAUGCCAUCUGGUCAGAUCUUUGGUACUGUGGUGUCUGUUCCACUACUUGCAUAAACUAAAAAAUGUUUUAGCAAUUCCAGUGUGUUGGCUUCUGAAUGCCUGAAGAUGACACAAUUUUAUUGUCAGAUUGCACUUUGUGAUUUUAGACUAUGAAACUAUGAUCAUUAUAGAGAGUAAUUUUUAUUUAUUAUGAAUGUUUGAUUCAGCAGAUCACUAGCCUAGCCCUUCUUUAUGCCGGAUAAGAGAACUUGUUACAUUGUUUUACUAUGUAGUUGAGAACAAUCAUGUUUUUUGCUGUCAUUUGUACAGUAUCCAGUCUAUUGCUAUAAAGUUUUAAGUGAGACUGCAAAAUGUAAGGUAUCCGAUUAAAGCAAUGAGUAAGGUUCCAGGCCCUAUCUCUGGGUUUUUGAAAGAGAAUAAAGGUUAUGUUUGUUUUAUCUUUGUUAUCGCAUUUGUUAAAUGCUUUCGAACUAUGAUCUUAAAGGCACAAACAGUACCAACCUCUCUG